AUGGCCAGCCAGGGGAAGUUUGUUUCCGUCAACCUGAACAAGUCCUAUGGUCGUCCUUCAUCAUCCUCUGGAUAUGCGAGCUCGCCAUCUAAUUCUUAUGGAAAUGCCCCCCGCCCGAGGAGCGGAGGCGGUGGAGGGGGAGGCAUGGUGGUGCUGUCUCGACCUCGGAGCUCUGUUUCCACUGGACAGAAGGGCGGCCCGCGGCUUUCUGUUCCGCCCCCCUUGAAUCUGCCCUCGUUGAGGAAGGAGCACGAACGCUUUGAUCUGUCGGCUGCCACUGGUCGGUCUGCAGGAAGUGGGAGCACUGGGCUGGGACAGGGCCAUGGGGCACAGGCCAUGGGCUGGACGAGGACAUCAGUGCAACCUCCAUCGGCCCUCCAUGAGGACGGUGCUGCUGCGGACAGGGAUCAUCUUGGGAAAUCAGGUGCUGGUAAUCAGGCUGUGCAGGCCAUUUAUGUGACCCCGAGCUCACAGUCAGGUGGGCAUCCGCUUUCUGCUGCUGCCCGAGAACCCCCGACAGCAGAGAGUGCUCUGGCCCUCAGAGGUGAGGAUUUCCCUUCUCUAUUAGCCACCUUUGAGGCUUCCAAGAAGCGAAAGGAUGGGACGAGUCAGAAGCUGAAGCAGAAGGUGGAAAGCGAGGAGCCAGUUGAUUUGCAAGCGGGGAAAUCCAGCAUACGGUCUCCUCUGUACGGGCGCCCCCAAAUACAGGCUUCCCGGUUCAAUGAUUAUAAAGGAUCGAACUCUGAUGUGGGGACUGGACGCCCUUCGACUGGGCAGGAGAGCUCUCAAAAGCGAGGCUUGCCUGGGCCACUCUCUCUUCCACUGGUGCAUAUGACCCGCACAUCUGAUUGGGCUGAUGAUGAACGUGAUACAGGCCUUGGGAUCCCAGAAAGGGAUAGAGAACGGGGAUUCCCAAGAGCUGAACCUGGGCAUUUUGAUGUUGUCUUGGAGGGGCAAGGGCCAAGGCACUCUGAGCGUGUAUUUGCACCUUCUAGGGAGCUCUUUAGAGGAGACUCAUAUGGCAGAGACUCAGCUGCACCGAACAGGGAUGGGCGAGAUGCGAGCUCGUGGAGAACUUUCCCCCAUUCCAGAGAAGGACUCGCCCCUCGAGAACCUGUGUCUGACAGAGGUGGGAUCGGCAGCAGAACUGUUGGUGUUAACAGAGAAAUGAGCAAGGAAGCCACUAAGUACGGGCAAUCUCCUCACCAGGAGAAUGGUUAUCAAGAUUCUUGGCUUAACAGAAGAGAAAUGGGCGCUGGACAUAAUUCUCAGACUGGAAGAACUGGAGCCGAGCCACUGAGUGGAAGGGAUGGUGAUCAGAAGAUGGCUGACCGCUACAGUGAUAUUCACGUUAAUCGAAACAGGGGAAAUGUCUUACAGAACAUCCCUGCUUCUAGAACGCCGUUCUCUUCUGGUAAUAAAGUACAUCCUACAAACGAUCCGGUUAUGAAUUUUGCUCGUGACAGACGGAGCUUCUCAAACAGCAGUAAGCCUUAUUCGGAUGAUGCUAUCUUUGACAGCAGUGGUCCUUUCUUGGGAGGCUUAUCUGGGGACAUAAAUAUGAAAAUAUUUAAGAGGAAGAAAGAUGCUACGAAACAGGUUGAUUUCCAUGAUCCUGUUCGAGAAUCUUUCGAAGCCGAGCUUCAAAGAGUACAGCAGUUGCAAGAGAUGGAGCGGCAGCGGGUGCUUGAAGAACAAACCAGAGCCUUGGAGCUAGCUCGGAAGGAAGAGGAAGAGAGAGAGAGAUUUGCCAGAGAGGAAGAAGAACAGAGAAGAAAACUUGAAGAAGAAGCAAGAGAAGCUGCAUGGAGGGCAGAGCAGGAGAGAUUGGAGGCAUCUAGGAAAGCUGAAGAGCAAAAAAUUGCAAGAGAAGAGGAAAAGAGGAGGAUUCUAAUGGAGGAGGAAAGGAGGAAAGAGGCAGCACGUGAAAAGCUUCUAGAGCUGGAAGCACGAAUUGCAAAGAGGCAGGCUGAAACAACUGUGAAAGAUGACAGAAAUCCUUCCGUGUCUAGUGAUGAAGGAAUGCCCCGCAUGGUGAAGGAAAAGAAUGACAAGGAUGCACGAUGGGUGGCUGAUGUUGGAGUUUCGGAAGAUGGUGAGAGGUUAGAAGAAAACAAUGCUGGGACUUCAGAUUCGGCUAAUAUAAAUAGACUUUUUGAGCCAGGUUCUAGAACUCAAUUAUCUAGAGAUGGGAAUCCAUCCUUCAAGGAAAAAGGCAAACUCAGCAACCCCUGGAGAAAGGAUGCUAAUAUGAAUAGUUCAACAAUUUCCACCCAUGACCAAGACAGUGGAUUCCGAAAUCUGCAACGAGAUGCAUUCGGUGCCGGAAAAGCAUUUCCUAGAAAAGAGUUCUCUGGUAGUCCUAGCUCUGUGUCUGCCAGGCCAUCUUCGAAAGGAGGAAUAUCUGAAAAUGUAAAUCUUCUGGAUGAUUCUCGCCAUUCAAGAGACUAUAGGUGGAACAUCACUUCUGAGACUGGUGAUCAUUUCAACAAAAUCUCUGAUAUGGAUGCUGAGUUUCUUGAUAAUGAUGGUGAUGUGGGCUGGAGACAGAACCGUUCUUCUGAUGGCCUUCACUCUGCUUAUUCUACAUUUCAGAAUGCUGAUGUUGAUGGAGUUUCCUCCUUUGGAAGGUCCAGAUAUUCCUUGCGACAGCCUCGAGUUCUCCCGCCUCCAUUUUCAUCAACGCAGAGGCGCCCCUUUAGAGUUGCUCCUGAGCAUCCCAGCUCAUCGGCUGUACCUAAAAGUGAGGCCAAAUAUCAAAGUCGAGAAGGUGAUGAUGAAAUUAUGCAGAUCGGAUAUGGAAAUCAAAAUCGAGAUCAAGUCCAGCAGCCUGUUACUACUAUCCCAUCAGAGGAAUUGGAAAUUUCUCUGGAGAAAAAUGAGAAAACCAGCCCAAGGUGUGCCUCACAAUCUUCUCUUUCGGUGACGAGCCCUCCUAGUUCACCUACACAUCUUUCACAUGAUGAUUUGGAUGACUCUGGAGAUUCUCCAUCAAUGCCUGCUUCUGCUCAUGGGGAACGACUUGCUUUCUCUGAUGGUGAACAUGCUGCGACAGAAAUAGAGGCUGGAGUGGCAACAUUGAAGAUGAGUCCAAGUUCCAUAUCACUUGGGGAAGAUGAAUGGGAAAUAGAAAAUGGUCGGGCAAUGGAGGACCAAGAAGAGUAUGAUGAGGAUAUUGGUUACCAUGAAGAAGAUGAAGCCCAUGAUGGUGAUGAUGAAAAUCUUGUCCUUGUUGAGGAGUAUGGGAAGCUUCAUGCAGAUAUCCAGAGCGCAACUGACCACAUUGACCAGCUCACCAUAAGUUAUGAUGAGGAUCUUGAAGUUAAAAUUCCUAGUAGUAAUGAAAUUGAGUCUGCUGGAACAUCUAAGAAGGAAACAGGAAGACAGCCUGAAACGCAUGAACUGAUUGGUCACCAUGAAACGCAUGUUCAAGCAUUGAAUGCACUUGCAGAAGUCAGGGAAAGCUCUUCAAAAAACAUGGCUGACGCAGAGAAAGUUAUGAAUGAUCUGGGUGUUGAGCAUUUGACAUCGGUUGGCUAUUCAGUGGAAAAUACUCCCACAAUAUCUUCAUUCAAGUCAUCAUUGCCCCCAUCAUCAGCUCAGCCUGGUAUAUCCUCUGUUUCCACCCUUCCUCCGCCGACUGAAGUACCUUUGAAACUUCAGUUCGGCCUCUUUUCCGGUCCUUCCUUGAUACCACCUCCAGUUCCCGCCAUUCAGAUUGGUUCCAUUCAGAUGCCACUCCAUCUGCAUCCUCCAGUUGCCCCUUCUCUUGCUCAAGUGCACUCUCCGCAAUCUACCUUCUUUCAGUUUGGGCAAAUGAGGUACCCUUCGAUUCCCCAGGGUUUGCUGCCGUUAGCUCCUCAGGGUAUGCCCUUUGUUCAUCCAACUCUUCCAACCCACUAUUCUUUGACCCAGAGUCGUGGUGGCUCAUUACACAACCAAAUGGCUCAAGAUUCUUCUGUUCAGAAUGUCCAGUCAAAAGAUGAUAGGACAUCAGGCCAGACAAAUAAUCAACCAAGCCUUGCAUCAUCUAUUUACGAUAAUCUUCGAGAAAAGAUACCUGCUGCGGAGCUGACAGGCUCUUCUGAUAUUUCAAGGAACGAAGAAGGCCCAGUAGAAAACUCUACUUUUCGAGAGAGCCAAAAUAACCAUGAAUUGGUUUCCCAAACGGAGCAAAUGGGCAGUCAAGACGUCUCCUCUGUAAAGGAUCAGCAAGUUCCGGUUAACAAUACAGAAUCACAGAGGCAAAUGCAAGGUCGACACGCCUCAUUUCGGUUGUUUUCUGAGGAAAACGUUUCAAAGGGUGCACGGUUUCUGAAUACUUCUGGUGGCAGAGGAAGAAGAUAUGUUUAUAAGGUCAAGAAUUCUAGUUCAAGAUCAUUGCUUCCAGCACCUGAAUACUUUCCUCCAGAGUCCAAUGAUUCUCAGAGAAAGUCCCUGCGAAAUAUUCGUCGGUCUGACUUAAGAGCAAGGGAGGGUGGGAGAAGGCAAAUCGAAGCACUGGAGUCAGGUAAUUUCACUGUGCAAAAUGAGAAGCCAACUUUUAAUGGGAGAGCAACGAUUCCGUUGAAAGGUGGAUUGAAGAGGGAUACAUUUGUGAACAAGCCAAACAAAACCAUGGCUGAUUCAGGGAAACCAAUCUCUGGUUCCUCUGGUUCACGUGCUGUCUCCGAGGGCAGGACGGUUAAAACUUUGAGCAAAGAACUAUCUUCUAGGAGAAAUAUUUCUAUUGUAGAUGGUUUACAGCCUGCAAAUGGUAGCCUGAAAAGAAGUGUAAGUCUUGAGGAGGAUAUUGAUUCUCCUUUACAGAGUGGAAUCAUUCGUAUUUUCAAGCAACCUGGAAUUGAAAUUCCUAGUGACGAAGACGACUUCAUAGAGGUGAGAUCUAAAAGGCAGAUGUUAAAUGAUCGACGAGAACAGAGGGAAAAGCAAAAUAAGGCAAAAUCUAAACCCGUGAAGGUAUUACUAGCUGUAACAAAAGUUUAUUAAUAAUUUUAAACUUUUCUCAAUUAAUAGUGUACUGUCUUUCCUGGAUCAUUUGAUUACACCUUGCUUUUGACAGAUGACCCGGAAACCUCGUCCUGUUGCUCAAACUAACCAUACUCUGUCUUAUUCAAAUAAGACUGGAUUAUCUUCGGGAGUUGUGGCAAGAGGUGCUGGCCCUGUUUCACCUGCCACUAAUGCUACAGAUUUUGUUGAUCGUGAAAUAUCAGCUGUCUCUACAGCCCAUGGGACAUCCCAGCCUCUUGCUCCAAUUGGCACUCCUGCAGUCAGCACGGAUGCUGAUAUUAGAUCCCGCAGCACAAAGUAGGGCGACUUUCCGUUAUGGUUUGUAUUGCAAUUUUUUAGUGAUUCUCUCUCUUAUGGACUUCGUAAACUUUUGUAGGACUACACAGUCUGCCCCAGCGCCUGCCUUUGAUUCUCGAGGAAGCAAACUUACAUCAGGCUUGUCAUUUGAGAACAAUAUGACCAUUGAUGAUAUUCCUACAUCUCUAGGUCCAUGGAACAAUGCACACAUGAACCAGCAGGCACCCAUUUUGUUACAAGAGGUCAAUUUUGUGGCUGUCAUAUCAGUUAAAAUUUAAUUUGUGUGCUAUAUGGUUGAUAAUAGUGAAGCCAAUGUUUAUCCACUUUAUGAUUGCUGACGAAUAUUUAAUGUACAGGGUUUUAGUUGUAAUUGCAUUUGAACACUUUGACUUCAUGUUGUCAAUAUUCAUUAAUGCCUCGUGGAAACUCUCCCCCAAAACACCUUCACGAGACCUUUUUUCAAACACAUUGUGAUAGGUUCAUGAUGAGAUGCCAUGCUCUGUAUAGCAUUGAGAAGACCAAUUGAGAGGCAAAAAGAGAUGCUGAUUUUAAUUACAUGUACAAACAUUUAAAGAAUGUUGGUUCUGUGCGUUGAUUCUGAGAUAUUCUGAUGAUUUCAAGGAUGAUAUCUGACGAAUGGAGCAGAACAGACAAUGCUCGUAGUAUAAAAUAUUCCUAUAUUUGCUAAGUGACUCUAAUAUAGCAUAGUGUAUUUUAGAACUACGGAAGAAUGCUUUGUAAUAUGAUGCUCUAAGAUUACUACAACAUUGGACUACUCACAGGUGUCAAUCUAGUUGGAAAAUGUUGGGAGAUUAGUAUGUGAUUCAGGUAGACGAGCAAAUAUUUUCUCAAAAGAGACCAAUUCAGAUAUUUAGGUCCAGCAGUCAGCACACGAGCUAUCAACAGGGAUGGCUCCAUAUGACUGUAGGUUACCUGGCUGGAAUUGGAGGUCCAACAAAGUAAAAUCGAAGUUAACUAUGCUUCAUUGGAUCACAGUUCGGAAUUAUAUGUUAGGUCCUGUUGUGUACAUGAGGAUGCAAAAUGAAAUAUGUCGAGUUGGAUUUGUAAGUAAAGAAGAAAAAACCAGUAUCAAAACCAGUAAUAAAAUAUGUUAUCUUUAUGGUUUCAUGUGCCAUUGUUGCUUUUGAAUAAUAUUCCUGUCAUUGUGAUUCACAUUUCACUCACUGUGCGGUGAGGUAUCUGCAAGAUAAAUGCAUUGGCAAGUUAAUUGUUUUUCUUUCCUUUUUUUUUUUGAAUUUUCCCCUCAUUUGACUUAUUUCUGUUUUCUUUCUUCAGGUCAACGUGAUGACCUUAACUCAUAGUCAAGUUGAUGAGGCUAUGAAACCAUCGCGUUUCGAUGGGCAUGUCACCUCUAUUGGUGAUCACCAUGGCAUUGUCAUUGAGCCGGAGAAGCUAUCGACAUCAACUAAACCACAGGACAAGACAUAUUCUUCCUCGGCCAGCUCUCUCAGUUCUGUUUUUCCCGGGGAAAGAAUUCAAUUCGGUGAGCAAUAUACCCAAUUAAAAAAAAUUCAGAUCAUGUGCUCAUCAUACCAUCAGAUCCUAUUUUUGUUAUUGACCCAGUAAAUUCCAUCAAAUUUAGGUGCCGUCACAUCUCCCACGAUUCUCCCUCCCGUCAGCCGAGCUGUCUCUCGCAUGUCUGCUCCUGACAAGGAGUCUGCCAUGUUUUUCGAGAAAGAGAAGCGUUGUGAUGAGCCUUCCAUUCACCUAGAUGACCCUGAGGCUGAAGCUGAAGCUGAAGCCGCCGCCUCAGCUGUUGCUGUUGCCGCCAUUAGCAGUGAUGAAGUUGUCGGAAACGGCUUGGGUGCCCAUGCUGCUGUCUCUCACGCACAGAACUUUGAAGGUUCUUCACCCCACGAAGGCGUGAGAUUUAUUUUGUUCUAGUUCAUCAUCUUCAUGGAUCAAAUCUAACUGUUCCGUUGUGUCGACAGGGAGUCAUGAGGCAGGUGGCAGCCGAUCAGCUGCCGAAGAGUCGCUGACUGUCGCACUGCCUGCAGAUCUUUCAGUGGAGACUCCGGCGCUCUCUCUGUGGCCCCCUCUUCCGAGCCCGCAGAGCUCUUCGGGCCCGAUGAUAUCCUGCUUCCCCGGGGCGCCGCCAUCCCAUUUCCCUUGUUUUGAGAUGAACCCAAUCAUUGGAGGGCCGAUCUUUGCCUUUGGGCCCAAUGAUGAAUCGGCUGGAACGCAGACCCAGCUGCAGAGAAGCACCGCCGCCCUCAGUGCAUGGCCUGCUUGCCAUUCUGGGGUGGAUUCCUUCUACGGGCCUCCAGCAGGCUUCACGGGCCCCUUCAUCAGCCCUCCCGUGGGCAUCCCGGGUGUGCAGGGCCCUCCUCACAUGGUCGUCUACAACCACUUCACCCCAGUUGGACAGUUUGGGCAACUUGGCCUAGGGUUCAUGGGGGCCACAUAUAUCCCCUCUGGGAAACAGCCCGACUGGAAGCACAAUUCAGCUGCAGGUAAUGCCAGCGUCAGUGAAGGCAUUGCCGGCAAUAUCAAUGGAGUUUCUUCUGGUCAGAGGGUAGGAGCUCCUGGCAUGGCAUCUCCAAUCCAGCAUCUGACCCCUGGCUCUCCUCUUAUGCCGAUGGGUUCCCCAUUGACCAUGUUUGACAUGUCACCCUUCCAGGUAUGGCUUGUUGAUUCUUGCUCUGGACUUGCCCCACUGUUGUGGAUGGCUUGUAGAUGCAGACCAUGCACUCUUUCUAACUUAAGUUGGGAUUUCACCUAUGCUUUCUCUUGUGUGUUUUUUUUUUGAUUAUUCGUGGAAUUCCGUUGUCACCUGGUUAGGGUUUGUGAUUAUACGUUGGAUAUUAAGUUUAGAAGAUAGGUUUUAUCAUAAUUGAAUUGGGUUUUUUUGCUUGAUUAGGGUUUCUACUAGUGAUUUCUCCAAGAGGGUAGGGUGGGGUUUGACUUAUCACACAUUUGGAUCGUGUUCUCCCCUGAUUAGGGUUUUCAUAUCAGCAAUUUUUGUCCAACUACGAAUCGUUCUCUGCCCUAAUUCAAGGUUUCCCUUAUUUUCUUGAACUGUGUCCUCUCCUUCUUACAGUUUUCCAUCAUAUCUUGAGUUGUGAUUCCUCACAAAAGCUUUUCUUUUUUAAAAAAUAAAAUAUAUAUCAUCGGACUCUUGAGUUUCCCUUCCUCCUGAUUAUGGUUUCUUUUUAUAGCAUCACUCAGAUCCCUCCCACUUCCAAUAUCGGUAAUCGCCAACAAUUGCAUUGAUGGGUGGCCGACUGAAUUGUUCUUGCAGCCAUCCGCCGACAUGCCCGUCCAGGCCCGCUGGUCCCACUUACCUGCGCCACCGCUCCAUUCCGUCCCCUUGUCAGUGCCGCUGCAGCAGUACCCAGUGGACCAGGCAGCUGCCGCACAAUUCAGCCAUGGCAUGCCUCCGAACCUGUCGGCUGCCGACGGCCGCUUCUCCCAUGAGCCCCGCUCCUCCAGGCCGAUGGACCAAUCCAUGAAUUUCUCUGCUGCUGUCGCCGCCGCCGCCGCCGCCGCUGCUGACCCCCGGUUCCCAGACGAGCUGGGCUUGGUGGAGACCCCCCAGACAAUCGGCAGCUCCAGCCAGGUGAGCCACCAUGGUACUUACGCUCCUCCAUCCAGGAACAAUGGGAAGGGGCCAGGGGGCCAACGGAGCUUAGCGAGGGAUUCGGCGGCCGGCAAUGUGGGAUCCACCAUGAAACCUCAAGCUUUUCAGCCUCUGCCGCCGCCGCUGGCGGCACAGCAGUACAUCCAGGGAAUUGGCUAUGGAGAUCAAAAGGUUAGCGGCCUGCCUUCCCAGAAGGUGGGCUCUGGAGGGGAGUGGUACCGGCGGCAGGGGCUCCACCAAGGGAAGAACCAGCCGUCAGGGACUGAGAAGAGCUUCAUCCCCGCCAAGGUGAAGCAGAUCUAUGUGGCCAAGCCUGCCUCCGGCGGCCCCACUGCCUCGAGUUGA